AUGGAUCAGGCAAAAUUGGCUAAACUCCAGCAGAGUGUGCGGAUUGGCAAAGGUACCCCACGACGCAAGACGAAGAAGGUUCACAAAUCAUCAGGAACCGAUGACAAGAAGCUGCAAACGUCGCUGAAGAAGCUGAAUGUGCAGCCCAUUCAGGCCAUUGAGGAGGUCAACAUGUUCAAGGAAGACGGAAAUGUCAUCCACUUUGCUGCCCCCAAAGUCCACGCCUCCGUGCCCAGCAACACCUUCGCCAUCUAUGGCAAUGGCGAAGACAAAGAGCUCACCGAGCUUGUACCUGGAAUCCUCAACCAGCUGGGACCUGACUCUUUGGCUUCUCUCCGUAAAUUGGCAGAGAGCUAUCAGAGCAUGCAGAAGAGGGAAGGUGGAGAAGAUGCCAAGAAGGAUGAUGAUGACGAUGAUGACGAGAUUCCAGAUCUAGUUGAAGGAGAGAACUUCGAGAGCAAGGUUGAAUGA